CGAAUUUGUCAGACUCCGUAAGAAGCUGAAGGGUUCACUGAUUUGUAAACGUAUUCGUCUGAGUUUUAGACCGUAGUAGUCCGUUAGUUUGACAAUUUAACAAGAACGGCGAAUUAGCAAGUGGAUAUCUGAAAUUGUCCUGCAAGUUGCCAUGGAAGAUUUGGAUGCGUUGUUGGCCGAUCUUCAAGCGACAAGUCCGACUGUUUCUGCGUCGCCUACAGAACCAAGAGGAAGACCAACGGCAAAUGGACGAGACUCCCCUGAUAUUCCACCACCUCUACCUCCGCCUCCAGCAUUCGAAGCCUUCGAUCCUCUAGGAUCCAACCCCAAAGACGAUGUCUUGUUCCCUCCACCUGCCCCUUCAUCGAGUUUGGGCCAGAACCUCUCCGAGUUAGACAGUUUAUUGGAAAAUCUAAGUAACCCUCUGCCUUACUCUUCGGAUCAACCAGCCAAACGAAUAAGUGCAGAAUCACUCCGUGCUAGUCAGUCAUCUCCAUCUCCAAAGGCGGCAGUAAAUGGUCGACCACCUAGCUAUAAGGGGCCUGCAACAGCAGUUGCUUAUGAUAUUAGACCAGCUGAUUCACGUUAUGGAGAAAGAAAUGGACCCGAGAGCCCCAAAGGCCAGGUGACCACAGCUCAAGUUGUUUCUCCCAUUCCCUUGCGUGGUCAACUGCAGCAGACCAGGGAUUUUGACAACAGGCAGUCACGUACAGCAUCAACAGCAACCAAGGAGCUUGAUGACUUGAUGGCAUCUCUAUCAGAUUUUAAAGUUAAUGUUAAUGCAGCACCCACUCCGUCACAAGCGAGACUCAGUGGAGAUUAUGCAAAACCUAACAAGGCUAAACCUCCAAGUACUCCUGCUACUGUUGGCAAAGUCAGUCAGUUAGACUCCAUGCUGGGUUCACUUCAGACAGACAUGACAAGACAAGGAGUCAGCACAACAAAGAAAGGAGAGUGUGCAGCAUGCAGCAAACCAAUCAUCGGCCAGGUUUGCACUGCAUUGGGUCGCACAUGGCAUCCUGAGCAUUUCACUUGUGUUACUUGUGAAGUGCCAUUAGGAGCCACUAAUUUCUUUGAACGAGAUGGAAGGCCUUUCUGCGAGAGAGAUUACCAUGAGCAGUUUGCGCCAAGAUGUGCUUACUGUAGUGGCCCAAUUGAUAGCGAUCUCUUUUUUGCGUUAUGUAUGAGAUACAUGGCAUGGUUUAGUUUUUAA